AUGUUCGCAGCAGGGAAGGUUGUCACCAGGCUGGUGUCACGCUGUCCUUGGCACCGUUGUCACCGAAGCGGGAGCAGGUUAUGUGUGCGCGACGCACUCACCAGUCAUGGUGGAAACACAAAGAAAGUGAAAAUUCAGGGUUGGGUGCGCUCAGUCCGAGCCCACAAAGAAGUUUUGUUCCUUCAUAUCAAUGACGGAUCUUCUCUGCAAAACCUCCAGAUUGUGGCUGAGCCCAGCCUCCAGCACAGGUACCGGUGUCUGUUUUAGAGCAGAAUAGUCAGUAAUGAAAAGUGUAGGAAUAUCACACAUGUGUAUGUAAUAGCCG